AUGGCACCACCGUACAAUACAUCGUGGGUGCAGGUGCACUGUGUUCUUCAACAGUCGCGUACAUGCUGUUUGCGUUUCAACUGCCAUGCGCACAAGAGAAGUGCAGAGCUAGCAUUUAACUUACGAGGCUUCGGUGGAGUGCAACGGACUAUCCCGGACCGAAACCCGGAGCAGACGAGAUCAGACGAGAUCACCUCGCAUGCGCAAUUGUCGCCGCGAAGCGAACGCCACGAAAGCGUAUUGCGAAUGAUUGCGAAUUUGACGUGCUUGUCCGAUGACUCCGUCAUCUACGACCCACGUGACCGUCGUAUAAACACACGAACACGCACAUAUAUGCAUGCGUGUACGGAAUAUGAUGUGGAACAUAUGUUGACGGAAAAGGCCCGUUAUACGUAG